AUCUGAAAAGUAAAAAAUUACUGGAGACAGCUGCGCAAAAUAUUGCACGCACUUGGCCCGUUAGAUUCCACUACUUACCCAAAUUUCUUACCAUACAGCACUGAUAACCUCCGCCGUUCGCCGACCGGCGGGACUCGGACAUCUGACGGCGCGUCGCGAUGGAGGACUACUUGAAGCUAUUCGUGGAGGAAACUUCUUGGUACAACGACAUUGUUCUGGGAUCCAUGUUGCCGGAGAAGUGGUGGGCCCCACUCCCUCACUUGUGCCGGGGAUGGCUCCGGAACUACAUCGGCGGCACUUUGAUUUAUCUGCUGUCGGGGAUCUUGUGGUGUUUCUAUAUCUACUACGUAAAGCGCAACGUCUAUGUUCCUAAAGAUGCCAUUCCUUCUAGAAAAGCCAUGCUUUUGCAGAUAGGAGUUGCCAUGAAAGCUAUGCCAUGGUACUGUGCUCUUCCAACAUUAUCCGAGUACAUGGUCGAACAUGGGUGGACCAAAUGCUUUUCGAGGAUAAGUGAUGUUGGAUGGCUUGCAUACGUAUGCUAUUUGACUGUCUAUCUUGUGAUUGUGGAAUUCGGGAUAUACUGGAUGCACAGGGAGUUGCAUGACAUAAAACCUCUCUAUAAGUAUCUACACGCAACACAUCACAUCUAUAACAAGCAGAACACACUUUCUCCUUUUGCUGGCCUAGCUUUCCACCCUUUGGAUGGUAUACUGCAGGCAGUACCCCAUGUAAUAGCUCUGUUUCUAGUGCCAGUGCACUUCACAACGCACAUAGCCCUUUUGUUCAUUGAGGCCAUAUGGACGGCAAACAUUCACGACUGCAUACAUGGGAAAUUAUGGCCUGUGAUGGGUGCAGGCUACCACACCAUUCAUCACACCACAUACCGCCAUAACUAUGGGCACUACACCAUAUGGAUGGAUUGGAUGUUUGGGACCCUUCGCAACCCUGUGGAGGAUGACUCUAAGAAGAUUUAGUCUACGUUUUGUCACUAAGGUUGUAUAAUUUUUCUGCCCGCCUNUUUU